AUGGCUUCGUGUCGACUUAGUAGCGAGGGUGUGAAGAAUCGCCUUUCUUCAGUUCAGCAAAAAUCCAGAAUACCAGUCCGCAGGCUAUCUCGUUUGGACAACAACAGCGGAAAAAGUUCCUCGUCUAAAUACGAAGUUCAUAUGAAGCAGCGCAUUUUGAGGAAUCGCGUGGAAAAAAGUCAAAACAAGCCGCCGUCCCGGAUUCCGAUUGCGAUCGGUCGAACAAACAGCAGGGAUGUUGGCAGGGAUAAAAUCCCUAACAGUGUGAUAGCUGCCACAGGAAAAAGACCAUUGGGAAGAGACUCAGGUAUAAAUCUACGCGAAACCCGCGGGAAACAAGCAGCAAGUAUUAAUAAUGCCACUGACAAACGUCCAACCACAACUGAACAUAGCAGUCCUGAAGAAACCAACGAACCAACACUGUCAGUGACACAAAAAACUCCAAUGAAACAAGUCACGCCAUCAGAAACCGAACAGGUCUCCACCAGUUGUGAGGAGGACCAUACGAAGGAAAUUGAACAGCUUGAAAAGGAACAUUCCGAAAUAGAGGAGGAACUUCAACAAUGGGUUGAGGACGGAGACCAAGAAAACAAAACAUUGGGGGAGAUUAUUGAAAAUACAAAUGAAGAAAAUGUGAAGCUCUGGGUGCAGAUCAGCGUCAUGAAGAAGGGAUUGAAAGCUUUGGAGAAUGAAAACAAUACUCUCCGGGCUAAGCUGGAAACAAAGAUGGUUGACGCAAAAAGCAUGCUUGAAAGUAGCAAUGGAGUCUCCACCAACUGCGAGGAGGAGCAUAAGAGAAAACUCGAUCAGCUCGAAAAGGAACAUUCCGAAAUAGAAGAGGAACUUCAACAGUGGGUUGAGGAUGGAGACCAAAAGAUCAGAACCUUGGAGGAGAUUAUUGAAACAACAAAUUAUGAAAAUGUAACGCUCUUGGUUCAGAUCAGCGACAUGAAGAAAGAAUUGAAAGGUUUGCAGAAUGAAAACAACACUCUUCAGACCGAGCUGAAAACCAAGAGAACAGACUUAAAGAGUCUAAGAGUAAACGAGCAUUACAAGGAAAGAGAAUUGAGAAAUUUGAAACGUGAUUUGAAGAGAAAGGAGCUAAGUUUGAACAAUGCCCUGGCUGAGAAACAGGAGCUGUUGGGUGAUAUUGAAUAUUUGGAGGGGAGCCUGAAGGAUAGUCAGGCUGCCAAUGAACAGCUGAACGUGCAAAUUGACGGGCUUAAGGACGUGGUAAAGGAAUUGAAUCAGCGACCCGAUUACGGACAUUUACGUGAAGAAGUAGAACUCUUAAAAGGAUACCUAGAUUUGUUUCGUCACAAAGAAGAGCUGUUAAGCUUUCAAGUUGACGCGUUGACAGCCGAAACAUCUCACUUCAAAGCUUGUGAGCUGGACUUUAAUAAGCUGCGGGAUGAAACAUCUAGUAUCAUAGACCAGCUUGAGGUUCAGCUAGAUAUAUGCCUGAACGAAAACACGAGAAUCAUGUCAGAGAAAGACAAAGAGCUUAAUGAGCUAAAAGACGCAAAGUCAAAAGUUAUUGACCAACUUGAAGACCAGCUAGCUCAGUCUGAGAAUAGAAACGCCAGAAUCGUCUCAGAGAAGAAUAAAGAGAGAAAUGAACUUAAGAAACAAAAUUCGAGGAGUAAUAUCCAACUUCGGGAUCAGAUAGCUACGUUGAUACAAGAAAACGCCAGAGUCAUUUCAGAGAAUGUUAGAAUGAUGAAGGAACUUGGAGAAAAGUCGCGAGUUAUUGACGAACUCGAGGAUCAGCUGGCAAAGCUAAAGAAUGAAAACGCCACAGUCACCUCAGAUAAGAUUAAAGAGAUGAUGGAACUAAAUGACCAAAAAGCCAGGGUCAUUGACAAACUUGAGGAAGAGGUUGCUAAGCUAAUGAGAGAAAAUUCUUCUUUGGAAACUGAGCUUUCUAAGAUAUCAUACAACAAUAAGAAGUUGACUGAACUUCAAGAGCAAGUAGAAAAGAAAAACUUGUCUCUUUCUGAACUUGACAUGGCGUAUCAUAGUUUAAGCCACAAUGAUGUUGUGAUUGAGAAAUUGAUGAAAGAUUUAGAACGAAAAAUGUUCGAAAAAGAUGUUCUCAGCACAGCCUUGGAAUUCUCCCUGGAUAAUUGUGCUAUUAAAGAGAAAGCACACGCUAGAGAAACAAGAAACCUUGAAUAUCAACUGCAACAAAUGAAGUUUCUUCUUAACAUAAUGGAUUCUUGUUCCGACGUUGAUGGUAGCACAAAUCAAAAUAUAGAUAGUGAAGAAGAAUAA